AUGCCUUCUCAAUCUGACCACAACUCUGGCUACCCCUACACAUGCGCCGAUGAUUACGACUUUACGACUUACUCGGGUAAUACAGCUCAAAACCAAACCAAUGGGUCUACCACCAUCCCGUCGAUUUACGUCAACCCCUCUGACGCCAAUCCUACUACUAGAGCCACGACCGAUCGGAACUGGACUCAGGCGCCCGGGGCUGGUGAAGCCAAACCUCCUUCCAAACGCGGCGUCAGCAGAUGUUCGUUCACCUCCGGAUUCACCCCCGCAUAUCUCCUCUUCACUGUCUGCACCAACCCUUACCUCACCCGUUCCACUUGGGAAUCUGCUUGCGAAUCACGAGUCACAAACGCAGAGAACGAGUGGAAAGACAAGUAUGGCCAACUCUUACAUGAUUGGAAUGACUUGGUGGGAUCGUAUGAACAGUGUGAGGCUGAGGUGGAGGGAUUGAGGAAUGAUAGUAUAACUGUUGAUAGUCGGCACGGGAGCCGGGACCGCAAGAGAUGGUCUGAUCCGGAUGAGAGGUUUGAACAAGCGUUGAAUGACCUGGAGAUUGUGGCGGGGGAUGAUGACGAGGUGUAG